UUGGAUUUGGUUAAUUCGUAUGUGUAUAGUGAAGAUGUAUCCGACUCGUCUCCAAGUCGCAGAAGAGCGAAUCAAUCACCUGCUGAAGCAAGUCCAAGCCCUCUUCGACCACAGAAGGCUGGAUCUUCUUCAAAAUCGCAGACGCCAAAUGAUUCGUCUCGUCGAACAUCUCCAGAUUCAUCACGACCUUCGACACUACCAUCGCCAGUUCCAACAGAAGUCAAAUCGACUGCGGAUAUUUAUAUUGAAUCGCGAAAUGAUGCGAAGCACAAAUUGAUUAUUUCUAAACACAUGUUCGAAGAAGAUCCCAUAAUUUUGAUCGAUUCCAACAAUAUAUCCGCUAUUGGAAAAUUGAAAUCUAAUUAUGUGGAGAUCGAUUCGGACGGUGUUGGGAUUAUGACGCAUUAUUUGUCAUAUUCGGCAAGAGAACGAAUCAUGAUGUCAAAAUUAAAGAAGGAAGUUGAAUCGAAAUAUGUCAAUUAUAAAGGAGCAAGAGUUCCAGUGGAGGCGUAUAAGCAACUCAUCGCCCAGGACGCUUUGAAUGCAUUCAGGGAUUCUGAUGAUGACGAUGAUAUCUCACAUGUUGCUGCGCCUCGACCACGCCAGCAACGGAAACGAGCAGUUAUCCAAUCACCAAAUGCUUUUGCGCCUCCACCAAAGCGCAUAAGAAUUCAACCAAAAAAUCGUACUUCAAAAUCGAAUGCCGUUCGACGAGCUCGAAAGACAGCACGACCGAUUGCUCAACCAAUAAAUUCUCCAGCAACACCGCUUCUGCGAUUGGCAGCUAGGUUGGCAGCACGGAAUGUCACUACUCCGCAAACUGGUGCGACUGGAAAUGCAAAUGUUGGAAAUGGACCAGCCAACAUUUUGUCUGCUACUCCGACUCUACCGAAAAUCAAAAAUCGAAGCAUCGAGUUGUUACGCGAUUGGUGGCGAUGCACACGGAACAUCCAGCUGACAAAGUUGAGAAGAUUAUCGGCAAGACGAAGUUGUUGUGCGAUUAUGUGCGGCGAUUUUCGCAAUAAAUUGUGAGUUUUUUUCGUCGAAUCUGCCAAUAAAAACUGUUAUUUUUCAGAUAUCCCUCUCGCCUUGCAUUAUCGAUCUUCAAUAACUGA